AUGGAUGACGCUCAGAAGGGAGCAAAGGCUCUGGAUAACUCCGACUUUGCUGCCGCAAUUAAAUGCUACACCAAAGCCUUGACUGUUAACCCUCAUGCAACAGAUUACUAUAUCAAACGAUCAACCGCUUAUUCGCGAGUAAAGCCUGCGGAUGGAGGCCCUAAGCUAAAGGAAGCUCUCCACGAUGCCGAUAUGGCUGCGGAGGUUACGAUUAAGGAGGUCCCGGACAUCAAAGUCCCGACUCAGGAAGAGCUAAAAGCCAUAUAUCGUGCGCAGCUCGAGGGUGGCAGCGCUGCUUCUGUUCCAAGCUUGAACGGACCCCCUACUACCCAAGAAAAGAAGGAUACAGCUCCAGAAACAAACCCCACGCAAUCGACAGCUAACCCUCCUACGCCGCUUCCAUCCAAUACCCCUAGUAGGACAAGGCACGAGUGGUACCAGUCUAAUGAUAGCGUGGUGAUUACCAUAUAUGCGAAAGGAGUUCCCAAGGACAAAGCAGCCGUCGACAUCCAGGAAACUUCGUUUUCUAUUACCUUCCCUCUCCCAUCGGGAUCCGAAUUCUCCUUCGUUCUGGACCCUCUGUUCGCCCCGGUCGAUCCAUCCUCAUCAAAAUUCAACAUAAUGUCUACCAAAGUGGAAGUCACUCUACGCAAGCAAUCAGCUGGUAGAAAGUGGGCAACUUUAGAAGGCACCGGCCAGCAAGAAGAGAAAAUUUCCUCGAUUGGAGCUGCUAUUUUACAGGAUACCUCUAACCAAGCAAGUCAGCCUAUCAAAACUGAGAAGGCUCCUUCGUACCCAACAUCCUCAAAAUCCGGACCCAAGGAUUGGGAUAAGGUCGUGUCCAACAUCCAGAAAAAGGAGAAGAAAGCGAAGAAAACCGAAAAAGGGGGUGAUUCAAAGGAAGAUGGCAAGGAAGAUGAUCCUGACUCUGAUCUAUCAGACUAUGGGUCCGGGGAUGCUGUCGAUUCGUUCUUCAAGAAAUUAUACGCCAACUCCGAUCCGGAUACCCGACGUGCAAUGACUAAGAGCUUCUAUGAGAGUAACGGAACCGCAUUGAAUACUAAUUGGAGUGAGGUCGGGAAAGGCAAAGUCAAGGAGCACCCACCAUCCGAUGACUAG